AUGGAACACAACAACCGUCUCCAGAGCGGCUUCAAUCCACAGGACGUCCUGCCAGCGAAGGACAGCGAGCCGCAAGGCCCAAACGACAAGAUCCGUGGCAGUCAGGGCCAGGUCACCGAUCCCAUUGAUAUUUCCAGUAGAGAUCCCAGUUCGGAACCAUUCGAUGACUAUCAUACAGAAGCUCGUCGUGAGCAGUGCGGGUUCGCAGGCGGCAAUGGCGAGAACAUCCACCACCAGCAAGAUGUGGCUGAUCGUACCGGCCAAUACAACGGCCGAGAGCUGCAGCUGCAGCCUGAAGACAAGCCUGGCGAAGUAUUCAGUGGAUUGUACCAGGAUGAGGCCGAGAUGCAGCUUGCAGGAAAAAUGCGGAACCAAGGUAUACACUCUCGCCUUUCUACGUCCUCAUUGUCCGCUGACACAUCUUUGCAGCACCGCAUGGUGAUGAUUACAUUGUUGACCCACCUCACGGCCAUCAAGGCCCUGACGACCCAAAUCCAAUCCAAGAUAUAGCUUGGCAAACCCACGCCCAGGGGCGAGACAACGUGGCGAAGGAUCUGAAGCCGACGAAGAAGAAGCGCAAGAAGCAACAGUCGACUGGGAACAACCAAACCCACCAAACAAAUGUAGGCCAUCAGCAAGGUCAUCAGCAAGAGAUCGGUACAGCUGGCUUGAUUGAACGUGGACGUCCCAGAUUUGGCAUGCCUGUGCCUAUCUGGAACACCGCAGCUCCGCUACGGGAUCAGACUUCUGCUCGGUCGUCCAUACCGCCGCAUUUUUGCCUUGCUCCGCACCAUUCUGCUACCUCUGCUAUCGCUUUCCGCCGCCCCCUGUCCCCACUGGCCUCAUGGAAUCCAUUCCAAAGCGCUGGUGGAACCACCACUACUGUCGCUCGCGAGCAAAGUGCGAGUCGACCAUCUCGCGACCGGACUCAGAGAAGCGACCAGAAGCUGAGUUCGAAGAGCAUAUCUAAUCCUGAAGAUGGUAUGGAAGAAGCUUUUCAGGAUCUCAAGCGGAAAAUGAGCACGCAUCGCCAGAAGCAGCUCGACGAGAUUGACUUGGAAAAUACAAGACUGCGGAAUGAGCUUGAGGACAACCAAAAUCACAAGCGCACGUUACAGCAUCAGCUCGACGCUCUUCAGCGAGAGAGAACCGAUAUGUCCGGCACAAUGGAGAAGCAGAAAGCCAAGAUCCUCGGAUUCGAAGUCAAAGUUGGCAAGUUCAAGACUUUUGUUGAUGGGCUGGGUAAAGACGUCAGCAUCCUUAAGCGCGAGGUCAACGAAAUCCGCUCUAGGAGCGAACAGUCUGCCGAGGAGGCAACCUCGAACAGGGAUGUGCAGGAUGCUCUACUCGAGCGACUUUCAGGUUACUCUGAAAAGGCCGUUCAGCUUAAGAACCAGGCCAUCAAGGCAUGUCAAGAUGCACACUUGGACUUGUCAGCCGUGACUGCCCGGUGCACUCAUCUCGAGGAGCAGCUGAGUAGCAACGCGGAGCGCCUGGCCGAAGAGAAAAACCUCCGAUCGCAGCUUGAAUCUCAGUUGAGCUCUUCCAGAAGCGACAAUGAAGCCGUCAUUCGCGAGGUCAAGUUCAACAACAACUCCGUGCUGGACAAAUUGUUCGAGGUGCAUGCAAUCAUGGAGGACGCGGACAAACACCGAAAAGUGAAUGAGAUGUUGGAAACAGUCAUCGCCGCAGUCCAAGGUCUGAACUCCCAGCAGACCUCUACAGUGCAGGAGGUGUCUACAGUGAAGGACUUGGUUGAGUCCCUCUCUGAGCUGUGAGUUCCCGACCUUCGAUGCGGAUGCCGCAGACUGACCUUUGUGCAGAGUUUCCAGCAACGAAGAUCACGACACUGAGCGCGAUAACGUGGCAUCACUCAAAACUCAUGUCGAUCAAGCUGUGGACGGACUAAAGGUCGACUUGUGUCAGUAUGAGAAGCUAUCGGCUCAAGAAGCAUCGAACCGCGAGAUGAUCGCCAGCCUGCAAGAGAAAUUGACCACCAGCGAAGCUCGGAUCGUCGACCUAACAGCACAGAUCUCGGAGAGCAGUACUAAUGAAGACUACCGGGCACAACUCCGCGAGGCCAAAAUCGAACUCCAGACUAAAUCAACUGCCCUUGAAUCCGUUCAAGUUGAACUUGCCGGGAAAAUGAAAGAGUUGGAGAAACUCUCGUCCGACCACCAAACCCUCCAGCAACGCACACAUCACACACCCUUGCCGUCGCCAAACAAGUCACGGCGGGAGCUUGAAGCUGCAAAAGCUGAAGCACGUGCCGAGAUGCUCGUCCAUGUUGAGCAGCUUGAGGGACAGAUCAGAUCAAAGUCCGCAAAUCAAGUCAAGGCGCUCUCGUCGGAGCGCGACAAAGCCCAGAACAAGGCAGAGCAAUUGCAGACGGAGCUGAAUGAUGCAGAGCGAAAGUUGCAGGAUGUCAAGAAAGGCGACCGUGCUUCGCAGAUUCAGGAGAGACUCAUCGCAGCAGAAGCUCUUGCCGAAAAGCGCCGGAAGGAACUCGAGUCACUCCGGUCAGAGUUGCGCCAGGCUGAUGAAGAAGCUCGGAUUGCACAAGAAUCAGAAGCAGCACUGAAUGAGCAGAUCGAAUCCGAACGCAGUAAAGCACAAGAUUUGCGAAGCCGGCUCCACACUGCUGGAGAAGAGCUCGCGGGUGCUAAGAAUUUGGCACAACAGCGUGAGGACGCACUUGGGUCGGUCCAACAGGAACUCGCACAGGCUGAUGAGCGAGCUCGUUCCGCAGAAGAGUCAGAGACGAGUUUGAUUGCGCAAGUCGGACACGAGCAUAGCACAGCGCAAGACUUGAAGAGUAGACUCCAUGCCGCCGAGGAAGCCAGAACUGAGGCAGAGACGUCACUGGAAAAGGCCACUGCGACAUUUGACGACAAGCUCGCGAAGUAUAAGGCACAGGCAGAUGCGUCUUACACUGAGGUGCAGCAUCAAUGCGCCAGGCAGAUCCAGGAUUUGCAGAACCGCUUGGCGGAAUCUCAGAGAGAGCUCCAGGCGAAGCAAGCCGAAGAUGAGGUGCUUCACUCAAACCUGGACAGAAGCUGGAAGAGUGAACAGCAAAAGCACAAAGAAGAGAUUGCCAGUCUGAGAGCCAAGAUCGCAGAAGUUGAAUCGAACCGUGAUUCGGCACGCGCGGCUGAGAAGCACCUCCAGGAAGAGCUGGCUAAGGCAUCCAAACAGCUAGAGCUGAGCCGACAGAAGCAGAAUCUGCCAAAGGCUCGAGAGCGCUCUGCCGUAGCCCCGGACAGCGGAGGUGUCAGCGCCGAUGAUACGCUGCUAUCUCGGUCGCAAAGCGCUCGCAAAGUCACAUUGAAGAUCAGCAAAGGCAUCACUCCGAGCUCGUCAGUGAACAAAUUUGCCCAGCAGUCUGCAGAGCCUAGGAGGGCGUUCGACCGCGAAUCGCUGUCGGCGAUGCUGCAGACUAGCGUUCUGUCUCCACCCUCAUUGAUCCACAGAUCACCUGGCAUAGCAGGCCCGCUGGCAAAGCCAAUGCGUGGACCUGUAGUUGACGAGUCUCAGCAAGUCCAUCAGCUAUCGUCCAGAGACAUGGAAGACAGUCAUGCCGCACGACCACUUAACUCGCAGCAGACUGUGCCAGUGCGAGGUCCGAUCGUUGAGGAGUCUCAGAAAUCGUUCAACAGCAUACCAAAGGUUCCCGUCUCGACGACUCCUGAUGACGAUCCGUUCGGCAUGAAUGAUGUGCAAUCGUACGACGACUUUGAUUCUCAGAUUCCGUUCCAUGCGGCGUUUUACUCGAGGCAAGCCUUGAAGGCCGGAAAGCCUGCUACCGAGGCAUCCCUGGAGAGGUCGACAGACUCUGACUCCAAGCAGCACAAUGCGUUGCAAGAUCCUCGACUGUCACGUGGUGACUUUGAGAGCACGCAGGAAGCUCAGAAUCAGCUGCAGGGCAUGAGCCAAUUCGAAACUUACAAGAAGCCAAUGCCGGCCCCGAACAGUGGUUCGAAGCUCGUGCGUGCCGCGGAUGAUGUUCCGGCAAGCUCUGGAGGUCGUUCGGAUCGCCAAAACCUGCAAACGCCAGAUCCUCGCGACUCUCCAAAGAGCAGCACAUCGCAAUUUCUCAAGUCUCUAGACAAGCCGAAGAACAGAUACGGAUAUGGCUCAGGCUCCGCCAAGAAGACCAAUGACUCGCGACGGGCCUCAGACGUCCCUAAAGAGAAAGCACCUGUGCCGACGAAGCGCAAAGCCAGUGGCCAGAUCAUUGAUGGCUACGAGCAAGAACGCAAGAAGCGUAUAGGUACAGCCGGAGCGGCUCCAGCUCAAUCCAGGUCGCAGCCGGCGCGAAUCACGUUGUCAAGUUCGCAGGAAACAAUACAAAAGGUAGCUUCCCAGCCGCCCGGCGGGGCAUUUGGCCCACGCAGUGGAGGAUCGACUUCGCGUGUGCGCAACUUAGCGGGCACCUCGCCGCGGCAGACGAGAAGCUCAAAGCUUUCCAAACGUAAGCCAAAGCGGAUAGCCCGGACUUCGAAUCGCGUUGUGUGACUAACGGCCUCGCAGGCGAUGAGAUGAGCAGUCGAUUCCGACGGGAAUUGCGCGAACGCUGA